GGAUCAGUAGCAUAUGUGCCGCAGCAACCUUGGAUUUUCAACGCCACGCUGAGAGAUAACAUCCUGUUUCACAAGCCCUAUAACCCGGUUCGAUAUGCAAAGGUUAUCCAGGCUUGCUCUCUUGUGCCAGACUUGGAAAUCCUGCCCAACGGUGAUUUGACAGAAAUUGGUGACAAGGGAAUCAAUUUGUCUGGUGGUCAGAAACAACGUGUG